AUGCACGGCCUCUUUUCCCUAUACAUUCGCAUGCGCCAGGCCAUCCAUAUUGUCAGCUACCAAGUCUCUUCCGUAUUGUACUACCAUCACGGCACCCCGGAAUACAUUCGACGGGAUAUAAUCGGUCUAGGCCGAAAGCCUACCCAUCUGAGCGCCAUUCUAAAAGCCGAGGAAAACCAAAGACCUAAAGCUGACCUUGAUCGUCUAAUUGAGGAGACUGCUGAGCUGGCAGCUUGGUGUGCUAGCGCCGAGAUCCCCAUGCUUUCCAUUUACGAGAAGACGGGCAUCCUGAAGAAGCACAUGCCCCGAGUUUACGAAGCCGUCAUGCAAAAAUUCACCUUCUACUUCGCUGGCCAACAGCCAAGCCUCUUGCUCACCUCUCCACACAAGGACGCCUACUCAUCUCCAGCACUAGCUGGUGACAAACACGGACACUUGAAGCUGCACCUCAUCUCUACACAAGAUGGUAGGGAGUCCAUUGUCGACCUUACGCGGACCUUGGCGGAAAUGUCGCAGAGAGGCAAGAUUUCACCACGAGACAUCUCUAUGGAACUGGUGGAUGCAGAACUCUCCGAGGGAAUCAUGCCGGAGCCAGAUCUUCUCAUUCUGUUUAGCCCAAACGUGGAGUUGUCUGGUUACCCACCCUGGCAGAUUCGUCUGACGGAAAUUUUUUGCCUCCAGGAUAACGAGGGAUUUGGAUAUCAGGUGUUUCUGAAGGCUCUCCGGAAGUUUGCCAAAGCCCAAAUGCGCAACGGCAAAUGA